AUGUCUCGCAACAUGAAGCUGCAUGAAAAGCGCGAUGGCGUUCCCACAGGCUUCGCUCUCGUCGGUCCAGCUCCGCCGGCCACGGUCCUCGAUUUGCGCCUCGCGCUCGUGCAGAGUAAUCCCGCAGGCCUUGAGCAAGCCCUGUACGAUGUCAGUACGCCGUCAAGUGUCAACUACCGCAAGUACCUGACCAAGGAGGAGGCUGCGCAAUUUGUCUCGCCUGCCGCAGAAAGCCUCGCCGCCGUGAAUAAUUGGUUGAAAGCCAAUAACAUCGAUACCACUGUGCUCACUCCGGCGGGCGACUGGAUGGGCUUCAGCAUUUCUGUCAGUCAGGCUAAUAAGCUCUUCGACACUGAGUUCUCCACUUUCGAACACUCGGCCUCAUGCGAACAGAGCAUUCGGACGCUCGCGUACUCUAUCCCUGCAGAAUUACAGGGUCACCUCGACUUCGUUCAUCCCACUAUCACCUUCCCCAUCUAUUUAGCGAGCUCCUCUCCCUUCUCUGUGUCUACCAAGUCGACUCGUGCUACAGUACACGAAAGGCAGGACUCCUGCGCGAACGCUGUCACCCCUGCGUGCUUGCAGGCUCUCUAUGGUAUACCUUCAACCCCUGCUACUGAGAUGUCCAAUCAGUUGGCUGUCACUGGCUUUAUCAAUGAAUAUGCAAAUUUAGCUGACCUCGCAACCUUUCUGGAGGACUACAGACCAGAUAUGUCGAGCGCCACGACUUUCUCGCUGGAGACUCUCGACGGUGGCUCAAACCCACAGAACUUCGGAAGUGCCGGUCUAGAAGCUAAUUUGGAUACCCAGUAUACUGUGGGCAUUGCGUCAUAUGUCCCCAUUACUUUCCUCUCCGUUGGCUCGGAAUACCAUGAUGGUCUGGGGGGUUUCCUUGAUGCAGCAGACUUCUUCCUUGCAGCAGAUGAACCUCCAAAAACCGUGACAACUAGUUAUGGAUUUGAUGAAGGUUAUAUCUCUUCAGGUCUUGCGAACAACCUCUGCAAUGCAUAUGCCCAGCUCGGAGCUCGCGGUGUGUCUCUUCUAUUCUCUUCCGGAGAUGGCGGUGUUGCCGGGACCAGAUACGGGGGGGAGCCCUGCAAUCGCUUCUUGCCUACAUUUCCAUCCGGCUGCCCUUUUGUUACCGCCGUAGGCGCAACCGAAGGAGUUGGCCCUGAGAUCGCUGCGCCGUACUCAAGUGGUGGCUUCUCCAACAUCUUCGUUGGGCCGUCGUACCAGGAAGUAGCGAAACUUGGUUACGUCUCGCAGAUCGGUAACACUUACGGGGGUCUUUACAAUGGAACUGGGCGCGGAUAUCCAGACGUGUCCGCUCAGGGCACAAACUACCAAAUUGUGCUGAAUGGCGUUGUCAACAGUGUUCUAGGCACGAGCGCGUCGACCCCCACAUUCGCCAGCAUCAUCGCCUUGUUGAAUAAUGAACUGGCGCUUGCAGGAGAGGAUCCGCUCGGCUUCUUGAACCCGUGGCUGUAUGGGCCUGCCGCUUCAGCAUUCAACGACAUCACCUCAGGCUCCAAUCCCGGGUGUGGCACAGACGGGUUUCCCGCGAUGGCUGGCUGGAAUCCGGUCACUGGCCUUGGAACACCGAACUAUGAGAAAUUGAGAGCGGCAGCCGGUCUGUAG